AAUAACAAAAAUAAUUAAAAUAAUAAAAACCAAACAGAAAUUCAUUUAUUUCCUAAAAACAAUAAAACAUUUCAAGAAAAACCAUCAGACCAACAUGACAGAAAACAAGGAUAAAAUUAGUGACAAGGAUAAAGAAAAGAAAAAUGAACCUGAAAUGGAAAAGGAACAGGAAAAACAGUCACAGCAGCAACAACUUCAAACACAAACCACACAAAAAGAGCAGCAACACAAAACAGAACAACAUGACAGAUGUCUGACCCAUAAAGAUGAUUAUGGCACUCAACGUGUUUAUAAGAAAACAUCACCGAAUUGUGUUUUAACUUUGUAUUUACCUACACGUGAAAUUACCUUGUCUGGCAAUAGUUCCUCCAUCCUACAAGGUAUUGUGUUUGUUGAUCCCAAGGCCAUACAAGGAUAUCGGGUUUAUGCACAAUUGACCUUAACGUUUCGGACACAAAUACCAGAUGUACCCUUCACAUACCGGAACACGACUUAUUGGGAAGUGUGAGACAAUAGUUCCAGAUAGGCGAUCCUAAUCAAGCGAAACAUUAGACCAAUCUGGUCAUAUGGUAAUCUGUUAUUAC